AUGACAGAAGCAGAAGAGAUUAUAUGCUUCUUGAAUCAGAUAGAGAGUCCUAUUAAAUUCACUUCAAAGAUUGAUACUACCUCAGUACAGUUUUUGGACUUGGAAAUCUCACUAAAGGAACAAGGACUUUCAUAUUGUCUCUAUAAAAAAGACACGGAUCGGAAUACUAUUUUACACAAUUUAAGUGCACAUCCGGAGUCUUUAAAAAAGUCUCUACCCAAGGCUCAAUUUCUUAGGGUAAUAAGAAACAACUCAGACAAGUCCAAAAUGGAUCAACAACUGGAAGAGAUGGUGGAAAAAAUUCGGGAACGUGGCUAUCGUCACAGGGACUUAAGCAAAGCAUUAGAGGAAGCAAAGUCUGCUAACUCGACUAAAAGUGACGAGAAAGCCCCAAGGUUGAUUUUUCCUACUACAUUCCAUGACGCGUCCUUCAAGAUCUCUAAAAUUGUGAAGGAUAAUUGGAAGAUGAUAGCGUGUGAUGACACGCUCCCUAAUCUUCAAAGAACCACCAUUACUCUGCUAUCGCAGGAAUAA